AUGCGACCAUUAAUGGGAGAGACCACAGGACAACACAAAGACCUUGUUUUCGAUAUUUCCAUUAAUGUCCCUGCUCAGACAGACUCCGACUGCUUUGACGACGAUGGCCGUCUCAAAAGAACGGGCACUGUGUGGACUGCAAGCGCACAUAUCAUAACGGCCGUGAUUGGUUCUGGGGUUCUGUCCCUGGCUUGGGCCGUGGCCCAACUGGGCUGGAUCGCAGGCCCAACUGUCAUGCUCUUAUUCUCCGUCGUGACAUAUUACACUUCUACCCUUCUCGCCACGUGUUACCGGUCCGGCGACCCGGACACCGGAAAGAGGAACUACACAUACAUGGACGCUGUCAGGGCCAACUUAGGUGGCUUACAGGUUAAACUUUGUGGGGCAAUUCAGUACUUGAAUCUUUUUGGGAUUACAAUUGGGUACACCAUUGCAUCAUCCAUAAGCAUGAUGGCAAUUGAGAGGUCAAAUUGCUUCCACUCAGAAGGAGAUGAAAGCCCAUGCAGAGUGUCGAGCAAUCCAUAUAUGAUUGCGUUUGGUGUUGUGGAGAUAGUUUUGUCACAAAUCCCAGAUUUUGAUCAGAUUUGGUGGCUCUCUAUUGUGGCUGCUGUCAUGUCCUUCACUUACUCCAUCAUUGGUUUAAGCCUUGGCAUUGCAAAAGUUGCAGAAAAUGGAAUAAUAAAAGGGAGCCUGACUGGAAUAAGCAUUGGGACGGUGACUCAGACUCAAAAGAUAUGGAAAAGCUUUCAAGCCCUUGGAGCCAUUGCAUUUGCCUAUUCAUACUCAGCCAUCCUCAUUGAAAUUCAGGACACCGUGAAAUCGCCGCCGGCGGAGCACAAGACGAUGAGGAAGGCGACGCUCAUAAGCGUUUCCAUAACCACCGUCUUCUACAUGAUGUGCGGCUGCUUCGGGUACGCCGCCUUCGGCGACGCAGCCCCCGGCAACCUCCUCACCGGAUUCGGCUUCUACAACCCCUUCUGGCUCAUCGACCUCGCCAACGCCGCCAUCGUCUUUCACCUCAUCGGCGCCUACCAGGUCUUCUGCCAGCCGAUCUUCGCCUUCGUCGAGAAGCACGCCGCGUCGCGCUUCCCCGACGGCGAAAUCGGAAACACCGACAUCAACAUCCCCGUGCCGGGCCUCCGGCGGCCGUAUCGGCUCAAUCCCUUCCGGCUCGUGUGGCGGACUGUGUUCGUGGUGCUGACCACGCUGAUCUCGAUGCUGCUGCCAUUCUUCAACGACGUGGUGGGGAUUUUGGGGGCGCUAGGGUUCUGGCCGCUGACGGUCUAUUUUCCGGUGGAGAUGUACAUAGCGGCGAAGAGGAUCCCGAGGUGGAGCACGCGGUGGAUCAGCCUGGAGAUUUUGAGCGUGGCCUGCCUGGCGGUGUCGAUCGCCGCCGGCGCGGGUUCGGUGGCGGGGGUCGCCGAGCAUCUCAAGUCGUUCAAGCCUUUCCAGACUAAUUAUUGA